ACGCUCAUACUUGCGGGCGGCCUACGACGGGGGGCCGCUCUGCCCAGCCGGUACGCCGGUUCAUUCAUUGAACGUCACUCGAAGAGUACGUGCCGACCGCGAAGCUGUCGCCGCGCUAUAACCAAAGCCGCCAUGGACGCCAUGUACACGGCUGGCGCUCACAUGACCAAGCACUUGCAGGAGAACUUCGACGGUUACGACCGCUUCUUCUCGUGGAUCUCUUUCGCGGCCGACCCGCCGCGAAAUGUGCUCUGGUACUACCCGAUCGCGCUGACGUUCAGCAACCCACUCGGCGUGCGGAUCCUCAUCGCCGCAUCGUGCUCCGAGUUCCUCAACGUCGCCAUCAAGUGGAUCCUGAACGAGCACCGUCCAUUCUGGUACGUCAAGAUGAAGUCCGACAUCGGCAUCCAGCUCGCCCAGACGCCGCAGACCUGCGAAACCGGGCCGGGUUCUCCUUCGGGACACGUCAUGGUCACCGCGGCCGUCCUGUACGUCGUGAUCCGCUACGCCAUAGCUGCGCCUGACGACGAUCCCCGCAGUCGCCGGCGACGUUGCUACCUCAAGGCGAUCCUGUGGCCCUCGUACUUCCUGUACCUUUCGGCCGUGGGCGCGUCGCGGGUCUUCAUCGGGGCUCACUUUCCCGCACCAGGUGAUGCUGGGAUUUCGCCAUAGGCGUCGCCGACGGGAUACUACCUCGAGCGCUACGACAUUGACCGGUGGCGCUUCCACGAGUACGCCUCCUUAAGCGGUCUCAUUGCCAUGGCGUCCGUCACCCUCUUCGCCGGCUUCACGGCGCUCGGCGUGGACCCGCAGAACACGGUCCGGCUGGCGCUCGAGGCAUGCGAUGACCCGAACUACGUGAACAUCAGUUCGACGGUCCUGUACAGCAUUAUGCGUAACAUCGCCGCUCCCUUGGGCGUCGGCAUCGCCAUGUCCAGGCCGAACGUCGACCAGGUGCUGCUGGGUGCCAAGCGGGCCCCAGUCUGGGCCAAGUUGUUGGCGGGACUGGUGGGCAUCGGCGUCGGACGCACGCUGCUUGCCUGUCCGCUGCCCAAGCGAGAGUCGUGCAUAUACGCCGGCGCGUUGGUCCAGUUCUGCUUCUUCUCGUUUGCCGUCACCUACGGCAUUCCUUACGUCUUGUACAAGCAGUACAGGCAGGUUAACAAGACUCUGGAGGUACGGUCGUCGGAGAAAGGAAUCGGCCUCCUCUUCCUCGGACGACGAAAAGGAAAAAAGUCACGGCGCACAUCGAAAGUAGGACGUUCCAAAUGCCAAGCUAGAACAGACGGUGUAUCGCUCUGUGGCACCGGUGACUUUGUGAAUGAGCUGACGUUUGUUCAUUUCGGCCAUCUAGUUAUUGCUAGUGAGCUCUCGUAGAAUCUCGCAAAUUCUUAAAAGAAGCAAGCACUUUCCUCAUCGACCGUAGAUGAGUGGAAAAUAAAGCUGAUCGUCAACACGUUUCCAAGUUUAAAAAAGUUGUUUAAUAGUGGUCUACAGCAUGGAGUUUAUUGCGAAAUUCAGAAAUUCUGUGAUAUGCAGAGCUACAUAGUGUAGAAGGCACUUCUUGGAUUUGUUUUUUGUCAUUGCGUCUUAGGAGCUAAUUGAGCUCAUUUUUUUUUUUUUUGCUUUGGUGGUUUCUGCUAAGCAGCGGAACAGGUGAUCACCGGUACACCUUUCUUUUGUUGGUGGAGCCAGCCGUCUCACCAGUUGGCAUGUGUAGGUUCCUAGCACGCAUAAAUGUGAUAACGCACAAUCGUUGUGCAACACUUGUUACAGUGACAAUUUACAAAUGUUAGUCAUCUGUCUACAUUAAGCCGUCUCGCAGUCUCUGCACACAUCUACUAUCGCGAUGGAAAGAAAUGCAGACAGCACAUCAUCUGCAUGCUUCGCUGUUGGCGCUUAUUUUCAAGUGGCGAUAACCUGGCUGUUAACGAGAAGUCACUAGAGUUACCUGUGAUACAUUAAAGGACAAAUAUAGGGCAUUUUUAUUUAUUGUAAUCAAGGCUAAGUGCAACAAAAACAAAUGCGAACUGCUGAACGUU